CUUAAGCUUUUUCUGCAGCCGGCCUCGGGGGCCUGGCUGCUAAUCGAGUAGACAAAAAGUAUGUCCGGCUCAGCAGUGCUUGCCCAACAUCUCGUCGACGACAUUACGGUAUGGCGUACCGCAGGGAGGACGCCGAGCUCAUGCUCCUCGUCCUCGAGAACGGCAUUUCAUACGCUGUCCGAUACUUUUCGAGUUGGCCAUUCCACGGAAAGUGGUGCGGACAGGAGGGCCUUCGUCGAUGAUACUGAUAGCAGAACUCAGUUAACAAGAAGGAGAACUACUUCCAGGAGGACAGCACGAACAUCCGGAGCAAAUGCCACUGCCUUCUUCUUCUCCUUCUCCACUGCGAGAACAGCGGAAGACGUCCUCCAGGAAGCAGCGGAUCUGUCGCAAGAAGCUGCC